UUAACCAAUCGGCGUUCUUGAUUUUGUCGAGUAAGCCCCGCCUUACACAUGUCUUAGAUGAUCGGCUUUCGUCUGCCACUCACAAAUAAAGAUAAAUAUUUAUGUUUACUUCACAAGAUUUUGUCCAUACAAGUGGAAAUUUACUGACCUAUUUAAAAAAUAGAGACAGCUUAAUAGUCGGUUUUCCCUCCAAAAUCCAAGUGACAAUAUGCCACUUCUCAGACGUCAGCCAUUUGCUAAAGAGAAACCACCUCCCGAUUUGCGACCAGAUGAAGAAGUUUUCUUCUGUAAACUAACAAGAGAGGUUUUCAGGGACUAUGAAAAAUUUUUCGAACGAAUUAUCCUGUGUAAUAGCCUGGUGUGGUCUUGCGCUAUUACGGGCAAGGCAGGUCUCACAUACCAGGAGGCUGAAGAGAGCGAAGAAAAGGCUUUAAAACAGCUGGCAUCAUUCCCAACCUACCUGCAAAAGCCGAUUCUUUAUCUGGCUACUAAAACUCAGCGCAGCCGUUUAUCUGAUCUCAAUGAUGAUGUGUUCGUCUUUGCAAAGGACAGAUAUUUCAUUGGGGAGAUGGUCGAUGUGUUGUUUGGCCAAUCCAAAAAAGUGUGCAAAGUGGUCGGUGUCCUCCCACAUGGUGCAACAACACCCAAAUCUACUGUGCCAAAGUCGCCUGGCUCAUCUCAGAAAUCCCCCAUAGUGCUCAAUGGAGACUCGGUAGAAUUCUCUCAACCAAGUUCCAGCGGAGAAAUGAAGACACCUGAUAAAAAGUCAUCAAGUAACCCAGAAGCAUUCCAGUAUAUUGUUCAGGAGCAAGGAAAAACUGCAGAUCACACAGUGAAAUUUAAAAUGAUAAGUCGAAAGAAAGGUUUGUUCACGAGAGACAAGUGCAAGCUGUUCUUGAAGCAGUCCUGUGACAAUGUGGACGGAGCUUGGCGGGUGAAGCCCUCAAAAAUGAAGAAGUUCAAACUUGAAACCGUGACAUUUGAAGAAGUGUUCUCCGGCCCCUUGCCCAAGUUUGAGUUCUCUGAGAUCAAAGUGAAGAAAGUGGCACCGAAGAAAACGGAGAAAGAAGUGUCGCCACAAGCUGCUCCCAAGAAGCCGAAAGAAAAAUCUGUCGAGAAAGUUGAGAAAGAAGGUAAGUCUGACUCGUUACCGAACCUUACGAUGGAGGAGAUCAAGGCGUUACGUGAGCACGAGAGACUGCAAAAGGAGAAGGACCGGGAGGAGAAACUGGCACAGAAACUCAAGGAGCGCGAGGAAAUCAAGAAGAAAUUUGAGGAAGAGAAGGAGAAACGUAAACUGGAGCGCGUACAGGAGAUGGAGAAGAAGCGCGAGGAGCGUCGUGUGCAGGCUGAGAUGUGGCGUGAGUGGAGCCGGCAGAGGGACGACAUGGACUGUGAUGACCUUCAGGUUUUACCAGAACCUAAGCCAGUACGGUGCAAGAUUCCAGCGGACCUAUUUGGAGAUGCAGUUAUGGUGGUCGAGUUCCUCAAUGGAUUCAGUUCCCUGUUUGACCUGAGGGCAAGCUUUCCUAAGGGAUUUAAUCUUAAGGUCCUGUUUGAUGCGUUGCUGGAGUCAGACGCUGGAGGGCUGAUGGCAGACUUGCUACUCAUGAUGCUGACGGCCAUAUUCUCUCUGCAAGAGGAGGAGGAGCAGGAGGAAGCUGAACUUAACAAGCAGGAAAAAGAACAAGAUGUGGGUCCAGAGGAAAACAUGGGUGAUAUGUCACUCAAUCAGCUGAUUGACGCGGCCAAUGCAAUGUCACAUGUACCAAUUCUCACCCAGGGAACAAGCCUAAGGAAGCUUCCGCUGGACAACUUCACUCUGACGGAGAUACUGAGGCUGCACAUACUUGCCUCGGGAGCCGCAGGGAGCCAGGGGGACGCCAAGUUCCGGUACCAGCAGCGUGGAGGCUACAUGCCCAUAGACGACGCAGGGCUGGACUUCAAGAGGAGGGAACCAGAGAUUGUGAGCAAACUGGCCGUGGAGAAUAUCUAUGAUCUCUCACCAGAUGACAAGUUGAAGUUGUUGAAGAUGGUGAUAGACCAGUUCCUGACGUACGCAGCCACGCGAGAUAUCCUGGAGGACAACGGAGAGAAGCUGAGACAGCUGAGGAUCGACCUUAAGCAGAUGCAGUUUGGGGAACUGAAGAGGGAACGGGAGGAAACUGCCACCAGGUCGCGGGCCAAGAUGGAGGAGAAACAGAGGGAAAGGGACCUGAUGGAAAAACGCAGGGUGCUCAAGUUCAAGAAACGGGCCCAGCAGCUGUGCAAGGAGGAGGCAGAGAAGAGCGGAAAAGAACCAAGUGAAGAAGACAAGAACUUAGCUACAGAUAUUGAAAAACUAGAGAAGGACGUGGCAGAGCUAGAGGCCAGCAUGCCGUCCCAGGAGGAUCGGGACCGGCUCAGGGAGGAAGAGGAUGACGUGGAGGCAGACAGGAAGGCGGACUACGUCCACAAGGAGCGAGACUUCCUGCAGAACAUUCUCAACCUUCAGCACGGUUUCUGUGUGACGCCGCUGGGUCGAGACCGACUUUACAGGCGCUACUGGGUGUUCAAGACCAUACCGGGGCUGUUUGUAGAGGACGAUGAGGAACUUGUGUCCCCUGAGGCGUUAAAGCCUUGCAAACAGAACCCCGGGGGAAGUCGGUUUGACAUCAAUAAUCCCUUUACACUUCCAGUUGGUAGACCUUUGGUUGAAGGUAAAGUGAGUUCAGGGAAAAACGAAGGAGAUCUGAAGGGUGAAGUGUCGAAGACUGAGCAAAAAGAUGGAAGUGACAAGGAGAAUGAUUCACUGAAUGCCUCGAGUAUUAAUGUUAGCAGUGCUGAUGAUAACAGUGUCUCAAAUGCGAAUGCAAUUACUGGUCUUUCCAAUACCUCAAACAAUACAAACACUGAGACUGCUGGUCCAAAACUUAAUGGCGAUGCAAUUGUUAUUAGUGAUGAAGACUCAAGAGAAUCUAAAGCCUCGCUAAUUGAGGGUUUCAUUGAAACCCCUGCAACUAAACAAAUCAUGUCUUCUGAUAGGAGUAAAUGGUCAGUGUUUGUAACUGAAGAGGAUGUUGAUGCAUUAAUUGCCUCGCUUAACAACAGGGGUUAUCGAGAAAGUAGCCUACGACAGGCAUUAAUGGAGCAAAAAAUUACAAUUUUAGACACCAUAUCAAAGGUUCCCACAGAUUUGUUGCUUAUUCCUGAAUCUGACGUGGAGAAGUUGAAAGAGAAAGCCGAUGCCAAGUUGACGACAACAGAGGUGAAAAUGCGAGGGAAGAGCGUUACGUACACUGCACAGAAUGACUCCGCACAUGAGGAUCUGGAGUUGAACCUUCGAGAAAUGGUUCUAGAUCUGGAGGAGAGAAUACACGUGGGAACUCUGGGAUAUCUUAGGGUGAGUGACCGCAACUCCUGGCGAGAGGCUUUGGAGAAUGGUGGAUAUGAACCUUGCACUGAGGACGCACCCUUCAAGGAAAAUAAGGAGGAAAACAUGGAUGUGGCUGAGGAAGGCGACCAGUCCAAGGAAGAACAGAAUCUCACCAUCGCAAUUGCACGAGACCUGGCCAAGGCUGUUAUUCAGAUUGCACGGGGAAUAGAGCCCAAAUACAUGCAGCCACCAUUAGGUGAUACGGAAAAAGCAAAACAAGUGAAACAAAAAGCAGACGCUUCAAAGAAAGAACACAAGAAAAAGAAGAAAGAGGAUGACAGUGAUGAUGAGGACCCAGACAUGGUAGCCAGGGGCUCUACUGGCCUGGGACGGCCCCUGAUAGAGCGGUGGGAGGACUCCUGUCUGACCAGUACCAGCCUGGCACAGGUGUUCCUGCACCUCUCCACCCUCGACAAGUCAAUUAUCUGGUCCAAGUCCAUCCUGCAUACGCGCUGCCGCAUCUGUCGCAAGAAAAGUGACCCAGACAAGAUCCUGCUGUGUGAUCAGUGUGACCGCGGCCAUCAUAUGUACUGUCUGAAACCACAGCUCAAGGUUGUUCCAGAGGGAGAGUGGUUCUGCCCGGACUGUCGCCCCAAGGAGUUGAAGUCACCCCGUAAAGGUCGCCGCCGUGCCUUCAGUCAGGAGGACUCCAGUGAGGAAGAGGAGACCCAGGAGGAGGGCAGUGAUGGUGAGGAAGAUAUGGAGGCAGAGGAUGAGGCGAGUGAUGAGGAGGGGGAGGAGGAGGAAGACACCAAGGCUGUAAAGAUCAAGAUGAAUCUGGGGAAGAUGGCUGGCAAAGAAAAGGCAGGAAAGAUCAAGAUGAGUCUUGGAAAGAUGACUGGCAAAGGUGGUAAGAAGAAGACUAGUCCAAAACUCACCCCCAGCUCGAGUCGCCAGUCGUCUCGCAAAGGAAGUCCCCGGGACAGUCCUGUAACAGUGGGAGGUGGGAAGAAACGCAAACAAUCAUCUCCCUUGGUCUUAGAAAACCCAAAAAUGAAGAAAAGUGGGAAGUCUAUGUCAAAACUUGCUCAGGAUUUUAAAACUGACGAUGUAAAGCACUAUGUGAGCAGUUCCCGUGGUAACAGUCAGGUACAGCAGCUGAAGCUUCUGGAGGACGUCGUGCUGGGACUAAUGGAGGAUGAGGAGGCGUGGCCCUUCCUCAGGCCUGUCAACAAGAAAGACGCCCCUGAUUACUAUGAGGUCAUCAAGAAGCCAAUGGACUUUCAGACGAUCAAAAACAAGAUCAACAAGUUCAUGUACUCGGAUCCCGGCGAACUGGUGAGCGACGUCAGACAAAUAUUCACCAACUGUGUCGAAUACAAUCGCCGAAACACCCAGGAAUUCAAGGCAGGUGUGUCCAUGUCAAAACUGUUUGAACGACGCAUGAAAAACCUUGAGGAAUCUGCGGCCGCAAAUGGGCCCACCACGGGGAAGAGAGCUCGGACAAAAUAAUCAACAAAUAGUCAUAAUUCCAUGUCAUUCUCUUAUUUUUCUCAUCAGCAUUUCUUUGGUUAUGCAUGUUUUUGAUAUGCAUUAAACCCAGCAAGCUACAUUACAAGGAAUGUAAAUAUAUCAACUCUUUGUAUAUUCAUACACAUUUUCAAUUAUGUAACAACUGACACUGACAGAAAAUAUUUUAUCCAUUUGGUUACAUUUGAAUAUGUUUUAUUAGUAGAUACUAACAGCUGUAUCAAUUUUAAUGAUCAAAUAUUUAGCACUAAUUGAAUGAAUACUACUAACAGCUGUAUCAAUUUUAAUGAUCAAAUAUUUAGCACUAAUUGAAUGAAUACUACUAACAUCUGUAUCAAUUUUAAUGAUCAAAUAUUUAGCACUAAUUGAAUGAAUACUGAAUUCCACUUAUUUACCUCUUCAUUUUGUGUCUGAAAAUAUUUUCAAUGGCAUUAUGCUGUAUUUGUAUUGUCUUGAAUCAAAUGUUUUCUUUUCUUUAAUGGAUAAGUGUUGUGUUGUAGAAACAUCUAUUAUUGCUAUUAAUUUCUUUGUUUUAAUAUGUUAUUAUAUAAGAAACGAAAUUGCUUCUUAUAUGGUUAAAUAGUGCUUUCUUUCAGUUAUGAUUAAUGUACCAAAUGUGGUUGCAAUUUGAUACAAAAACAGGUCAAAACCAUUUCACCUUACAAAUAUUAUACAUAAUGUAUAAACUUAAAUGCGUAAAUCUUAUCAAUAUAGAUUAUUUUCGCAACUAAUAUUUAACAUAAUGUAUUAACUUGAAUGCUUACAAACGCUUACUUUGAUGUUCUACAUGUCAAACUGUUUGGGAUUUAUGUCGAGUAUAGAAGAACCAGACUAUGUUUUGUUUAAAAAAUUAUUAUUGACUUGUUUCCCCAAUUGUUGUGCUGUUGAAUUUAUAGUAAUUUAGCUUGAAACAUGUUGACUAUGAAUCAGGAACAAAAUAAUAUGAGAAUUUAUUUGAUCAUGUUGUAUUUAUUAUUAUUGUCUCUAUAGUGCAUGUUUGUAGACAAAUAAAAUGACACUUGA